CCGUUAUGGGGAUUUGUUCCUCCCAGAGGUGCUUGCAUCUCUACCACCAGCCUCACCAGUCUUCCACGGCUGCCUGAUGCAGGGAUGACAGCAGGGGUACUCCAGUCUGCCCCUGAGGCCAGUAGUGCUGCUGCUUUUAAUUCAUUCCCCUCCAAUCAGGACUGCUUUAAAGCUGGACCACCGGGUGAGUUAAACCUUUGGUCCGUCAGUGGCAGUUAACUAUGGGGCAAAAAAGAAAACCUGCAGGACUACAGACCUUAUGGGCCAGAUUUGAGUUCCCCUGCUUUACAGCGAUGUUUUUCAGCACAAGCGGUUCCCCGGUGCACAUGCAUCCAAGCUGAGCCUGAUGCAGGGACUGGAAUCCUGCUGGUCCCUCCGGCCCUCUACUGGUUGCAUCGAUAGGGUUUUCAGAAGUAAAUCUAUUGCAGCUGAGUACAGGAUCCACUACAAUAUGACUGGGAAUAGGAAAAAUGGGAAUUUCAAGGAAUAUUUGUGGACAUGGGGAAGGGGGUCUGUGCAGUGAUCUAAAUGCAGACCCUGUCCUUUUAAGUUUUUAGUAAAAUGGUGAUAAUUGACUUUGGUUUCUUUUAAAAGCUGGUAAAAUCAAGUGUUAAAUAUGGAAGACCUGGAACAACCAACUUUAGGGAGUUAUUUUAGAAUAUACUGUGAAUAAAAUCAAUUCACAUUUAUACUGUGUUGUCAACAUUUAGAUAAAAUCUAUACACAAGAUAAGCUAGCCUAGAGCUAUGUAUAGUUAAUGUAGUCCAAGCUACUGUGCAAAUCACUAUUAAAUGUAAUGAGUAUGUAUAGUACUUCACUGCAGGCAGUUGUAAAUUGGGCUACGGUGGGCUGUUGGCAUCCAAAUCUAUUCAAACCCCCACCAGAAAGGCAUCAGAAAAUGUUGCAUUGAAACCUUACAUAUUACAUUCUAUUUAGCAGCUUCUCUUAUCGAGAGUGACUUGCACACAUUUUGCAUGGUAUCUCUUUAUACAGCUGGAUAUAUACUGAAAAAUUUAAGUUAAGUGCCUUGCUAAAUGGUGUCUCACUUGGGAUUUGAACCUCGUGCUGAAACGUGCUUUUUAUUUUUAUAAAGCUUUUUGUCUUCUGAUCUGGGGCAAUUGUGGCUUGUGGUUGGCGUUGGUAUAUUUAUUCUGAAUGACUACUGAGUCUGGACUCACAGAAGAGUCAUGAUUUUUUGGCAUUGAUGGAUUUAUGUCGAUCUCUUCUCACUAUUUUACGCACACAUUUAAUGUGAAAACAGCUCAAAUAUCGAAUAUAUGUGUCUGCAUGCAUGUGUCCACCGCAGCUGCAGUCGUGGUAUGUUGCAAGGGCACGAUAGGCUGCCUCCUGUCUGAUACACCCCCUUCAGCCUUUUGCGCUCGAACCCGAUAUCCAGGCUCCUUGAACCCGAUACCCUAGCUGUGAAUCUGCCGCACAUACCCGGGUGCCGUUUUGUGCGCAACUUUUGACAAGAAAGGAGAGGCGGCUGGGAGAAGCAUCUCUACCCGGCCAUCUCAUAACGAGCGGAAUAGUUCUGCCUUUUCUCCGGGCAGCUUUCCACCACCUCACCCAAAAAAAGCGCGCAAGGUUCACUGGUUUUGCGGCUGAGAUAGCAUUCUCCCCAAAAGAGACAAAAUGUCAGCAGUGGAAAAUCAGUACACUACGUACACAACCUACAUGAUGUCCACGACGGAGGAAUACAUGACCCAAGAGAAUGAAUGGGACAGAGACCUGCUGCUGGAUCCCGCGUGGGAGAAGCAACAGCUCAAGACGUCUGUUCCCCCGCAGUCACAUCCUCUCUCCGUCUCUCUCGCUCGCAUCCACUGUCAAAUACAAAUUCGAACCUUCUCCGCGUGGUGUAACUCCCAUCUGCGGAAAGCUGGCACACAGAUAGAGAACAUUGAGGAGGACUUCAGGAAUGGCCUCAAGCUGAUGCUGCUUCUGGAGGUCAUUUCAGGGGAGAGGUUGCCCAGACCAGACAGAGGAAAGAUGCGCUUUCACAAAAUUGCCAACGUCAACAAGGCCCUAGAGUUCAUCUGCAGCAAGGGAGUCAAACUGGUGUCCAUCGGAGCUGAGGAGAUUGUUGACGGGAACGUGAAGAUGACCCUGGGAAUGAUCUGGACCAUUAUCCUGCGCUUUGCCAUCCAGGGCAUCUCUGUGGAGGAAACCUCUGCUAAAGAUGGCUUGCUGCUGUGGUGCCAGAGGAAGACUGCCCCCUACAGGAAUGUCAACGUCCAGAACUUCCACAUCAGCUGGAAAGAUGGCCUGGCUCUCUGUGCUCUCAUCCACAGACACAGACCCGACCUCAUUGACUACAAGAAACUGCGCAAGGAUGACCCCAUCGGCAACCUCAACACAGCUUUUGAAGUGGCUGAGAAGUUCCUAGACAUCCCCAGGAUGCUGGACGCUGAAGACAUUGUAAAUACCCAUAAACCAGACGAGAAGGCCAUCAUGACCUAUGUUUCUUGCUUCUACCACGCCUUUGCUGGUGCUGAACAGGCUGAAACUGCUGCUAACAGGAUCUGCAGGGUGCUGGCUGUGAACCAGGAGAACGAGAGACUGAUGCAGGAGUACGAGAAGCUGGCCAGCGAGCUGCUGGAGUGGAUCCGGCGCACCGUGCCCUGGCUGGAGAACCGCGUGGCGGAGCAGUCCAUGGGCGCCAUGCAGCGGAGGCUGGAGGACUUCCGCGAUUACCGCCGCGUCCACUGGCCGCCGCGCGCCCAGGACAAGCGCCAGCUGGAGAUCAGCUUCAACACCCUGCAGACCAAGCUGAGGCUCAGCAACCGCCCCGCCUUCAUGCCCUCCGAGGGCAAGAUGGUCUCGGACAUCGCUAAUGCCUGGAAGGGUCUGGAGCAGGUGGAAAAGGGCUACGAGGACUGGCUCAUCAUGGAGAUCCUGCGUCUGGAAAGAGUGGAACACCUGGCCGAGAAGUUCAAGCAGAAAUGCGCCUUGCAUAAGGCCUGGACCGCAGGGAAAGAGGAGGUUCUGACACAGAGGGACUUUGAGCACGCCUCACUGGCCGAAGUCCGCAUCCUCGUGAGGAAGCACGAAGCAUUCGAGAGCGACCUCACCGCCCACCAGGACAGACUGGAGCAGAUCGCCAGCAUCGCCCAGGAGCUGAACGAGCUGGAUUACCACGAUGCUGCUGCCAUCAAUGCCCGUUGCCAGGGCUUCUGUGACCAGUGGGAUAACCUGGGAGCCCUCACUCAGAAGAGGAGGGACUCACUAGAACGUACAGAGAAGCUGUUGGAGACCAUUGACCAGCUGUACCUGGAGUUUGCCAAGAGGGCGGCGCCCUUUAAUAACUGGAUGGAUGGAGCGAUGGAGGAUCUGCAGGACAUGUUUAUCGUCCACAGCAUCGAGGAGAUCCAGAUUCUGAUCACAGCCCACGACCAGUUCAAAGCCACCCUCCCCGAGGCCGACAAGGAGCGCAUGGCCACCAUGGGCAUCCACAGUGAGAUCCUGAAGAUCGCCCAGACCUACGGCAUCAAGUUGCCUGGUGUCAACCCCUACACCGACCUCACCCCCCAGGACCUCAGCAGCAAGUGGGAGGCCGUGAGGUGCCAGAUUCCUCACAGAGAUCAGGUGCUGCAGGAGGAAAUGGCCAGACAGCAGGCCAACGAGAGGCUGAGAUGCCAGUUCGCCGCCCAGGCCAACGUCAUCGGACCCUGGAUUCAGACCAAGAUGAAGGAGAUUGUUCACAUCUCAGUGGACAUUGCUGGCUCUCUGGAGGAGCAGAUGAACAAUCUGAAACAGUACGAGCACGACAUUGCUAACUACAAGUCCAGCAUCGACAACCUAGAGGGAGACCACCAGCUGAGCCAGGGGUCCCUCGUCUUCGACAACAAGCACACCAGCUACACCAUGGAGCACGUCCGUGUGGGCUGGGAGCAGCUGCUCAGCACCACCACGCACUCCAUCAACGAGAUCGAGAACCAGAUCCUCACCCGUGACGCCAAGGGCAUCAGCCAGGAGCAGCUCAAUGAGUUCAGAGCCUCUUUCAACCACUUUGACAGGAAGAGGCAUGGCAUGAUGGAGCCAGAUGAUUUCCGCGCCUGCCUGAUCUCCAUGGGCUAUGAUCUGGGUGAGGUGGAAUUUGCCCGCAUCAUGACCCUGGUGGACGCUAACGACGUGGGCGCGGUGACCUUCCAGGCCUUCAUCGACUUCAUGACGCAGGAGGCAGCCGAGACCGACACGGCCGAGCAGGUCAUGGCCUCCUUUAAGAUCCUGGCAUCGGACAAGAUGUAUAUCACAGUGGAUGAGCUACGCAGAGAGCUUCCUCCAGAGCAGGCAGAGUACUGCAUCAGUCACAUGACCAAGUACCUCGCCAGCGACGCCCCGCCCGGUGCCCUGGACUACAUCUCCUUCUCCAGCGCCCUGUACGGAGAGAGCGACUUAUAAACCCCGCCCCCCUUUCACCAGUGCCUUGUACUGAAAGAGAAACUCAUGAGCCCUUCCCUUUCCUCCCCCCCACUCCAUGUAUGAACAGAGCUACUUAAGCUCCACCCCUUUUCCCAAGCCCCCUGUAUGGUGAGAGGCUUCUAAAUCCCCCACUUCCACUGAAGUGAUUUUAUUGCGUUGCAUUGUUACGUUUGGCCUUUGGUACUCUGAGGGUAUUACAUGUGGCUACUGGAGUGGCAGUUCUGAUGCUUUAUGGCGACCUGUCCAGGGUGUAUUCCUGCCUUUCGCCCAAUGCACGCUGGGAUAGGCUCCAGCACCUCCUGCGACCCUGACCAGGAUAAGCGGGUACAGAUAAUGGAUGGAUCGAUGGAUGUUACUUCCGUACCGCAAGGCACACGAUCCAGCUCACCUCUCUGUGCAGAGUGCGUCCUUCAGCUACUCACAUUUUUAUAUUACACAAUUUUACCUGUUUUUUUUGUGAUGUGUACUUGUAUUAAUAGGCCUGUUUUGUUUCUACAAAGCCCUUAAUUUAAACAGUCCACCAGCCGCUGGUCCCGCAGGCGGCUGAUUAACCGCCGUCACUCCUGAGCGAUGACACGAGGCCGUUACCGCCAGCCGGCACAGUCAGGCGCCGACACGGAUUAGAGGCUAACGGCACACGACCGCACCAGCGGCAGCAAGCGCCUCAGCACCAUCACCCACCCGGCAGCCCCAGUCACAGCAAAACCAUUUAUUACCCGGUUACAUUUAGCAAACCCUGUUACAUUUCACACUCAAUAAUAAUAAUAAUAUUAUUAUUAUUAUUAUUAUUAUUAUUAUUAUUAACAACAAUAAUAAUAUGAGAGACCAUUUUCUCCAGUUUUUUGAAUAAUGCCUAAAAAAAGAUUGAGUUUUAUUUAUUUUUCCCUCCCUCUCUGUCGACAUAAAAAUAUCUAUGGCGUUGACUGGAGACCCUUUCACAGGAGCACCACAUCACCUGCAUGGAGACCAGUAAAGGGGGGAUUAAAGUUGGGGUAGAAUACUGGAUUAUGCCUAAGAAGCUGCACCCUUCUGCAGUGAGUGGCAGCGUUCACUCGUCCAGAAAUCUGCUGUAGCUACAGCUAUUCAUUUCAUGUUUUAUUCUUGUUUAAUCUGUACUUAACCCGAGUAAAAUGACUGAAUGUUUUCAUCUUAUUUUAAGUAAAGUUUUAUCCAGAUGCUGAAAAUCGUCUGAUGUGACUAUUCCAACUAAUCCCAAGAGGCAACAGAGGGACAAGAUUAAUAGCAAAAUGCUUUGUUUUAUGAUGUACACACAUCUAAGAUUAGUUCAAAUGUGUCAUGACUUUAUAAAACGGUACAAUGCAUGCAAAGACAAACACACCCAAGAGCAAAAACAUUAGCUUACACGGACAUUUGUGCAAUGGCCGUGUAAGCUAAUGUUUUAUUUUAGAGCGUACCCCAAGCAUUUUGAAAACCCAUGUACUGAAUGGCAUUAAAGAAAACACACAAAUCAAGAUUACUUAUUUUAUUUCUGAUGGUUCAAGCACUGAAGGUCACUUCCACUUACAACUGUGAUCAAUUUUUAAAUGACCAUAAAGCCGUAUUACAAAAAACAAAUCAAUAUUAAGAAAUCAAUACAAGAAUGUACUCAAAGCUAUUUUACACACACUUGUUUUUUGUGAUUGUAUUAUAUGUACAAGCAUUACAACAGGCAGCCACGUAAGCCUGGAGAGACAUCAGCAUGUGCAAAAAUACUUCUUCCAAGAACCUUGGAGCAAAACAACUUCAAUAUUUAAGGUGUGUUUCAAAGAACUAAGAUUGAAGCAAACAUAAAAGUAAAAGACGAUAUUCAGUGUUGUUAUAUUCAGUCUUUUUUUUUUUUUUUGGUAAUUUGUCACAUUACAAGAGAUUGUCGAUCAGGCCAUUGUGAUAAAGGAGGUGCUCAAGAAGGCUGUGCCUUACUGUCCAAAACAGCCAUUUGUAAAUUAACUGAACGCCUCAUGCAACGGACUCAAAAUAGCAUAAAUGACAAACAUUCUGACACUAUUUGUACUGCAGCUCAAAGAUAGCAGGUUAGAAAACUGAAAUUACACAGAACGACUGGGUGCAUCAUUUCGGCAU